GUUGAAGUGUUUAAAUUGUUUACCAACUGUCGAAACUCAACUCGCCAUUGGCUUAAUUUCUUUAAUGGUCCUCUAAUUUUUGGUAUUUAAAGCCACGUUUUCUCUCAACUUGAUCAGUGUCAUCGAUCUUCAAACCUCCAUUAAUCUCCUACAACCUGUUGCGUUUCUUUCAAGUCUUCUUCCUACUUGUGGUCUUUCAACUUCGUUCUUUUCUCUUUGCUUUUUUUGUUCUUUUCUUUUCUAUUUAGAUUUCUUUUCUUUUUUGCAAUUUCUCUUCAUCAAUUUGUCACCUCAUAAAAACAGCUAUGUCUAAGAAAAAGGCUUCUGCUUACAUGAUAUUCGUCAGUGAAUGGCAAUCACGUUCUGGUGAGACAAACAUCGACAAAGCAGUUAAAAUGGCUGCGAAAGAUUGGGAAGCCCUAGAUGAUCGGGCUAAAGAAGAGUAUAAGCUUGAAGCUAAAAUAAGAAAUAGCGGGCUAAGAGGAAGAGUCUUAGAUAUAUUACCACCUGCUCAACAAGAAAUUAAAGAGAGAAUUGGUAAAAAAGAAGCUGGUAUCGACGAUGCGACUCGUAUGACCAUGAUUGAAGAUUUUUGUUCCCGGCCACUUGACGAAAUUGUAAAUACUGAUUUCUACGUUGUCAAUUUCAAUGUUGCCGUCAAGACCAAACAAAAUGCCUACAUUCCAAUCGAGGUGGGUAUCGUCAAAUUUAGUCUUAAAGAGGGGAUCCAAGAUUCCUAUCAUGAAUUCAUCGAUGGUGGUAAGACACCUAUAGGUCAUGGUUAUGAGGUGAAAGAGCACAUGGAGCGAGUCCAUAAGUUACCUCUUUAUGAUAUUUCUGAGUACCCGGUUACGGAAAUGGCGGCUACCGAGACUCAAGAGGAACACGUGGCCUCUUUAGAAAACUCGAUUGCUGCCUUUAACGCUUUUGUCCAAGCCGAGCGAUUGCCUGUCCCAGAAGGUACAGACACGAAGAGGAAAUAUGUGCAACCCUUAUUCACCUUACCUGAUCUCGAUGGUCUUGGUCUGACUCAAACCUCUGGAUGUCUUAAAAGAAUGGCCACCGAAGUAGAACAAGUUGGAUUCUACGAAAACUAUGAGGUAUUGGAUCUAACAUACCUCAUGUUUUGCUUGUAUAAACGUGUUGUAGGUAAAGCUCGUCCGAUGGCUCUUUGUAUGGACGAUUUCUACCGUGUGAUCCAUUCAUAUGAGCCAAACACCAAUUGCGAGUAUCAUGAUACCACCGAUACUCCCCAUUGUGCCCUGUCCCGAUCUUAUCGGUUCAGUUAUGUGUUUCUUGAUGUCCUAAUCCCAGUCUUUCACAUCGAAGUCACUCCUGCCCACAGGCCUAAGCCUAAUCCAAAGGUUGAGGAAUGUUUUUUGGCACCGAUGGAACCAAGAUACCAAGUGGCUUCAUCUUCUCGAUCAAGAAUCAAUGGACGCAAUUGGUCAGAAUUAUAAUUUUUAAAUUUCUCAUUUUUUUUCCUACUUAUUACUUUAUCUUUUCAUCAACUUUCAUUUAUAACAAACGACAUAAUCAACCUGACCCUAUUUAAUUAAUCAUUAGACGACAAAUUGGAGAUAAUUUCUUUUUCGAUUAUAAAAAUAAACAUUUUUGACAUAAUUAUCAUCUAA